UUAGCAGUUUAUAUUUGCUAACAUAAUUGCAUUUCCAUGUUGUGUGUACUGUGGGAGACCAGAUACAGGGAAAUGCGGGGUCCGGGGAGAGCGGAUACAGGGAAUGCGGGGAGAGCCGGGAGAGCGGAUACAGGGAAUGCGGGGUCCGGGGAGAGCGGAUACAGGGAAUGCGGAUACAGGGAAGGGCCAAUCAGCACUGACCAGAGGGUCAGCAAAUCACAAAUGCGGGGUCCGGGGACAGCGGAUACGGUGAAUGCGGGGUCCGGGGUUUAGUAACACUAACAUGAGAGUGCAGGAAGGUUAGAAUGAAGGAA